AUGGGCAGCAGCGGGGGUGCCGAUCCGACAAGGGGAGCAACAGGGGAGAAGGGGGAUGCAGCGGGGGCCUUAAUCCGGCAAGGAGAGCGGCGGGGGGAGAACGGGGAGGUGGCGGGGGCCCGAUCCGACAAGGGGAGUGGCAGAGGGGCCGAUCCGACAAGGGGAGCAACGGGAGGAGGCGGCAAGGGGCUCGAUCCGGCACGGAGAGGGGUGGGGAAAGAAUGGGGAGGCGGCGAGGGGCCCGAUCCAAUCAAGGGGAGUAGUGGGGGGAGAAAGGGGAGGCGGUUGAUGGGAAGAAGGGGGGAGCUCGGGGAAGACGAAGAAUUGGGGGUGGGGGAAAAUGAGGGUGUGCGGGAAAGGGAGGUGGGAGAAAAUGAGGGCACACGCGGGAAAGGAAAUAGCCAGGAAGGGGAAAAGCUAUUAGCGACAGCAAUAUGCCAUUACUAA